CACUUCGGAGAGGAAAAGGGAAGUGAGGAGGAGGGGGCUGUUCCUUCUCUUCCACCCCAGUGCCCUAGCUUGGGACAGGCAAACCGCGGGGCUUGUGACUACACCCCCAGGCCUGAUCCCGCUUUCCUCUGGCCAAAACCGCUGGCAUUUCCUCUGAGCUCACACAAUAAAUGACGCGGCCCCUUUUCCCCUCGGAAGAGGAAGCUUCGGAGCUAAGUAACGGGUGGGGGAGAAGGACUGGACUAAGGAAGCACAACAGCAGGGGCGAGGGGGCGGUGAGUGCGUGUCCCGGGACAGGAGGCCGAAGGGAAGGGGGCUGGGUGCGUGUCCCGGGACGGAAGGCAGGCGGGGGAAGGCGGCUGGCGGCGCACCCCAGGGGUGGAGCAGGACUCGGAGGAGGCGGCUGGCUGGGCGCAUCCCAGGGGCUGGAGCAGGACCCGGAGGAGGAGGCGGCGGCUGGCUGGCAGGCGCACCCCGGGGCUGGAGCGGGACUCGGAGGAGGCGGCUGGCAGGGCGCACCCCAGGGACUGGAGCGGGACUCGGAGGAGGCGGCUGGCAGGGCGCACCCCAGGGACUGGAGAGGGACUCGGAGGAGGCGGCUGGCAGGGCGCACCCCAGGCGCUGGAGCAGGACCCGGAGAAGUCUGACUGGCUGUCCCGGGACUGGAGCUGGGAGUGGGGGAAGAGCGCUCGGUGGGAGGAGCUGGCACGCCGGGAGCGGCAGUGGGUCUAGGGCAGCCGGCAGGGGGGUGUCUGUCCCGACUCCCGGAGCUGGGGGAGGCUGGUGAGUGGGGUGGCGGGCGCCCCCUGCAUGCGGAGGCCGGGGGGCGCUGCCGCAGCCGGUACCAUGGGCUGAGCUCCCGCCGCACCAUGACCGUCUACACCCUGAACCUGCGCGUCUUCUGGCCGCUGGUGACUUGCCUGUGCACGGCCCUCGUCUGCCUCUACCAGGCCGUGCGAAGCAGGGCGGGCGCCCCGGACUCGGACAGCAUCCCGGACUCGGGCUCCGUCCCGCUGCUCAAGGGCUCCGCGCUGCUGCUGCUGGGCUUCCUGCUGCUCCGCUACUGCGCCUCCCGCAGCGGCGGCGGGGAGUGCGGCCCACGGCCCCGAGCCGCAUGCAGCGCCCGCGGCCCCGAGGCGCCACCGAGCAGCGCUGCCCGCCGGAGCCUGCUGGAGAGCUUCUACGAGCAGCAGCUGCGCCUCUCCCCGCACGUGCUGGGCCACAGUAAGGCGCACGUGAGCCGCAUCGUGGGCGAGCUGGUUCGGGCGGCCAAGGCGCAGGGGCUGCAGCCGGGGUCCCUGACCCCCACCCUGCGCGGGGACUUCGUGCAGAUCGGCAGCGCCUACGAGCAGCACAAGGUCCGCAGCCCGGACUGCUUCGACAUCCUGGUGCCGCUGCGGCUGCCGCCGCGCCUGGAGCUGGAGCCCCGCUGCCUGGGCGCCGAGGAGCCGGGGCUGGCCCCGGAGCUGCGCAGCGCCUUCACCUGCGCCCUGAAGGCCCCGCAAGGGGCCGCCUGGCCCCGGGGCUACCGGCCCUUCAGCGAGGGCUUCUGCGUGGAGCUGCAGGGCAGGCGCUACCUGUCCUCGGCCCUGGUGCUGCGCUGGUUCCAGGGCCACGUGCAGCGGUGCCUGGGCGCCGUGCUCUACCGGCUGCAGGAGCGCUGCCGCAUCAGCCUGGCCGCCUGCCCGGGCCGCCAGCUCACCCUGCACAUCCUGCCGCGCUCCGACUACGUCUGCUGCCACAUCUCCAUGGCCGUGCGCCUCAUCCCCGCCAUCCCCCUGGGGGACUCGCUCUAUCUCAUCGCCCUGCAGCCCGGCGCCAGGAAAGCCCAGCCCGCCGCUGCCCGCCCCCUGCAGGCCCUCUGGGGGCUCAACGUCUCCAAGCAGGAGCAGCGGCUGCUGAGCUGGCUCAGGGAGCAGACCCCGGCCAACUCCUGCCACCUCAAGUGCCUGCAGCUCCUCAAGGGGCUCCGGGACCUGCGCGGCCGGGGCUUGGAGCAGCCCUUCGGCGCCCAGUGGAGCCGCGUCCUCUCCUCCUACAUCCUCAAGACGGCGCUCUUCUCCCUGUUGCUCCGGGGGCCCUGGCAAGCCUGGGAGGAGCAGUUCCUGGCGGAGCGGCUGGAGGACCUGGUGCUGUACCUCAGGGACUGCCUGCAGAAGCGGGUGCUGAUGCAUUUCUUCUUGGGCAACGCCAGCGUCCCCGAGGCGGUGCCGGUGCCUAAGCUCCUGAAGGAAGCUGCCCCCGUCAAUCUGCUGGCUGCCUUUGACGCCCCUACUCUAGACUUGGCCGCCUUCCAGCUGCUGAACACCUGGAACCAGGCUCCUAAGAUCAUCCGAAUGUACAGUAGCCCAAGGUACUUGAGGAAGAGCCCCACGUUGUGUAAGCACAUCACCGACACCGGCCAAGAGUCCCAAAGCGACUGAGCACCACCUGGGGCGUUUGUCAGUUCCUUUGGUGCAUGCACUGUGAGGCCAGUUAGCUAGUAAACUGCCUGCCCGGUUCCUAAGGGAGAUCUGCCUGUCUGACAGCAUCAAAUGGGCGUCUGUGUUUGUUUCCCUAGUUGUGGUGAUCUGGGAAAUCCAAAGCUCAAAAUUUAAGAGUAAGAAAUACCGAUGCUUUAAGAUCUUAAUAGCUUUGUAAUGAUGAUUAGUCAUGGAGAAACUAUUAAACUUCCAGGAAAGUGCCUUAAUUAGAAAGCACUGCAAUAACCACUUGUAAACCUAAUUUAGUACCAGAGUUAUAGAGGGGUUCACACUGAUGAAUUUGGAAUGUCAACUUCAAGUUUAGUCACAAAAGUGACCCUGUCCAGAGCUUUCUUUUAAUGCAAAAGAUAAUCAGGAUCAAAGAUCAAUGGCAUGGAAAAAAGUCAGUGUGACAAGGUACUUUUUUGAGGUGGUGGAGGAGGAACCAAGUGUGUUUCUUGAUCCUUAAACACAGUUCGAAAUAUUUAUUCAAUGAGACACUCCUAGGUGGUUGUCUGUGUGAUUUAUUAUACUGUGCUAAAUAAUAUGCAAAUUAAUAUAAAAUUAAAUUAUGAGGCGUGACAUUAAAACCUAUUUGACAAAAGUAUGAAGAAUUUAGUUGUACAUUUGUGUUAAAAUGAAGGUCGUGCUGGAAGAUUAAAAUAUAAUUAUACAGCUCACAAAUGAAAGAACAAUAAUAGCACUUUAUUUCCAUAAAGGCCUUCAUUUUAUGGUAAUUGGCUGCACUAAAUAUUUAGUUUGAACAUAGAAGAGGCAUUCAUUUUUUUUAUUAAAAAUGAAUGGAUGUGUAAAUCCUCCUAAGCAUUCUGUCUUGGUUGUUAGACCUGAAGCAUUUUUCUUCCUUAAAAGUUGCUGUACUGUAAUAA